UAUGAAGUACUACGUAAACUUAAACUCUCAAUUUCAUACUCCGUUCAGCGAAAAACAUGAAAUACUACGUAUUUGAUACGUGGUGCAAGGUCAGAAAUCAUGAUGCCUUUCCUCCUCACACGUGUAAAAGCACGUAAACUUAAACUCUCAAUUUCAUACUCCGUAUUCAACAGCAACUGAGCAAAUCAUCUUCCACCGAAACUCCCAUCCUGAUCGUCUCUGUUCUAGUUGCAGGAGUUAUGCUGAAACGUGGAAACAGGCCACAGAAGCAAUUAAACAAUGCUCGGCUUGUCAGGUUGCCGAUUUUCAUUGUGUUCUUUUUACUCUUCUGUGCCUCAAUCCUCAUUUUCUUUGGGAGAAAUGGCAAGAGAUCUGAUAAUCCAUCCCCACGCUCAUCAAAACAGCAUUUGAAUACCUUGAGUUCUUCUGUAAAGCUGGAUCCCUUUGUGGAAAUCAAGAACGGGACCGAAUUGGUAUGGCAAAUACCCGAAAAGCCCAAAUCGGUUUUAUUUCUUGCCCAUGGCUGUAAUGGCAAAGCAACCGACUUUUGGGACAAAACGCCUAAUUGCCCAAACUGCAUUGGCCUUCCAGAAGAAAGGCUCAUUGUGAUGAACGCCCUUUCAAGAAAGUUUGCAGUUCUUGCCAUAUCCAGUUCUAGAAGAUGCUGGUCAUUCGGAGAAGAAAGGUAUAAGGUUAAAUACAUUAUAAAUUCGUGGGUAUCUGAGCAAAAUCUGGAAAAUGUUCCCCUUGUAGCUCUGGGCGCUUCCUCUGGCGGAUACUUCGUUUCUCUUCUUGCCACUGAUAUUCAGUUCAGUAGCAUUGUUCUAAUGAUUGCUGAAGGGCUGUAUGAUAAAAUUGAUCUAAGAAAGGGAUAUUACCCACCCACCAUGUUUGUCCACAUGCCCAGAGAUGGAGCUAGAAAGCUUAGCAUUGAUAGAUUCAUCAUACUUUUGAAGGAGAAUGGUGUCGACGUUGAAAAGAUUGAGUGUUUGGAGUUUCCACUUUCACCCGAGUUUUUAGCGGGUCGGGUUCCGGGUCUGGAUCUGACUGUUUCUGCAAAACUGUUUGAGUUGUUUCAGAAGAAUGGCUUUGUAGACAAGAGGGGUUUUAUGAGAAAGGAUGGACGAGCUAUACGAUGGGAUGCGGCUAUCAAGAAAGAAAUGAAGUCUCUUCUUCCUGAUAUUUCUUUGCUCAAACAUAUUCAAGAAGAAAUGAAUCUUGCUUAUGGGUAUCAUGAGAUAUCAAGCUUGCAGUCUGAACAAAUCUUUAACUGGUUUGAAUCUCAUUUGAGCAAAAAAGUAAUUUGAUAUCAAGAAUGUUAAAGGAUCUGAUGUGUUCAGUAAGUCAGUGGUUAGAAAUCCAAAUAGUGCGUUUAACCCUUAAUGUUAUGUUCAAUGAGCAGUAGAUGAUACCAGAUUUCUAUAUAGACAUGGUGUUUAUGGUGAAGUGUUGAGGCUUGCUGUUUUGCAUGACCAGGAGAAAAAGUGGAGAUAUUGGUGGUUAUUACUACAUGAGUACUAUUUUUGCACUAUUGACUAAGAGUAGUACAUCACAAAAAAAAAGUAGUCCUACAUUAUUGGUUCAUAUUGACUUCAUAGGUCUCCAAAUAAAAUAAAAGGUAGUGUUUUUCAAUAAUUACAUCAAAUUUUAUAAAGAACAUUUUCACAUUUUCGGAAACCACCUUUCAUGUUCCGAUUAGAAGCACAAUUGGUUAAUCCUAUGCGACCUGCUCGUUUCAGGUUUUCCCUCUAUUGUUUUGAAAUUAAAUCUUAAUCAGAGGCUCAAUGGCCCAUUUAUC